AUGCUAGAAACGACGCAGUGUCAAAGAAUUAAGGAAGAAUUUGCGAAUAUUAGUCUCGAAACGGGGCAAGGUGUUGAGGAGAGUGGUAUGAAAUCUUGCAUUGAAACGGGUAAUGUCAUGAUGAAAGAAAAUGAUAUAGGUGACAGCAAACCUAGCAUUGUUCAGGAUAAAAUGGAAGACGGAAAGGAAAAGGAUAUCAGCGGGCCUAAAAAGACAGGUGCUGGGAUGAGAAGAUUGGAAAAACCACCGUUUUCUUACAUAGCCCUGAUCGUAAUGGCCAUUCAGAGCUCUCCUACGAAGCGAUUGACUUUAAAUGAAAUUUACGAAUUUCUGCAGCAAAGGUUUUCUUUUUUCCGUGGCUCAUACCAAGGAUGGAAGAAUUCUGUCAGGCAUAACUUAUCAUUAAAUGAUUGCUUCAUCAAGCUUCCCAAAGGUCUUGGUCGGCCAGGUAAAGGCCAUUACUGGACUGUCGAUCCAGCCAGUGUCACCGUUUUCCAAGAUGGUUCAUCCAAAAGGAGACCGAGGGGAUUUCGAAGGAAGUGCCAAGACAUGCAAAGAUACACGAUGUUCUACCAAGGUGUUCCUAGUCCACCCAUGAUGGGAUUUGACAUGAUGAACCAAGCAAAUCUACCAUGUGGUCCAUACCCAGAAAAUGCAUUCGCUAACAUAUUUCAAUCAUAUCCACCAGACAGCGAGGACAUGAAACGAAAUUCGAGAAUAGCCGUCAGAAGAAAAUGUGCGGUGCCUUUUUAUCCAUAUUACUACCAAAACCCCAACCCCAGUGGCUCAAUGGUAGGGUACGAUGGUAUUCCUCAACAGAACCCGAACAUCCCUACCGGAUCCGGCAUCCAGCCUUGCCUGAGCCCGGACCAGAUGAUGAUUCCGGGAGUCAGUACCGGAUCAUCACCCCAUUACGGCUACCCGUUGGCCCCCGGGAACAACACUUCAGCGAUUAAUUUCGGAACGAGCGGUGGACAUUACAUGACUAGUUGCGCGGUGUCUACGGCAUCCUCCGGGAUGUCGCCUUUGAGUUCCCCCGUGGCGGGCUCGGAUUUCGGCGGCAUAGCCACCACGGCCACCCCGUCGAUUGCGUACGCCGCGGAAUUAUCGUCUGCGUCGUGGGUCGGGAUGGGGGCCGUGGAGCAGACGGAACGCAUCAAGCAUCCUCUAAGUCCGGCGAGCAGUGUGACCAGUUCACUCUCACCCAACACCGCCACCCCCACAACACCAGCGACCAGUGAAGGGGGCAAUAAUUAUGCUGUUGCUUCUUGCCCAGAGCAGAUUUGCCAAAGGGUCAUGAGCAAUGAGUCGGCCGAAAUGCAGCAAAUCGGUGCCGAGAAUUCCCCUGUAGGAUCAUGGUCUGUUCGUCUGUCGAGUAUUACACCAACGAACUGCAACCAGUACCGACUCUUCUUGAAAAUAUGGAACAUAAUUUUAGUUGCUAUAUGUGAAUGUUAG